GGGUAGGUGGCUCAACCCCGCCCCUCGGUGGAACCCCGGGACGGCCGCUUCUGCGGCGCGGCUCCUCCUGGGAUGGCUGCCCUGGUUGUAAACAAGGCUGGAGCGGGACUAGACAGUGGUCGUCAGGGCAGCCGAGGGACGGCCGUGGUGAAGGUGCUGGAGUGUGGAGUUUGUGAAGAUGUCUUUUCUUUGCAAGGAGAUAAAGUUCCUCGCCUUCUGCUUUGUGGCCACACAGUCUGUCAUGACUGUCUCACCCGCCUGCCUCUUCAUGGAAGAGCAAUCCGUUGCCCUUUUGAUCGACAAGUAACAGACCUAGGUGAUUCAGGUGUCUGGGGAUUGAAAAAAAAUUUUGCUUUAUUGGAGCUGUUGGAGCGACUGCAGAAUGGACAUAUUGGUCAGUAUGGAGCUGCAGAAGAAGCCAUCGGGAUAUCUGGAGAGAGCAUCAUUCGUUGUGAUGAAGAUGAAGCUCACGUUGCAUCUGUAUAUUGCACUGUAUGUGCAACUCACCUGUGCUCAGAGUGUUCCCAAGUUACUCAUUCUACAAAGACAUUAGCAAAGCACAGGCGAGUGCCUCUAGCUGAUAAACCUCAUGAGAAAACCAUGUGCUCUCAGCAUCAGGUGCAUGCCAUUGAGUUUGUUUGCUUGGAAGAAGGCUGUCAAACUAGCCCACUUAUGUGCUGUGUCUGCAAAGAAUAUGGAAAGCACCAAGGUCACAAGCAUUCAGUAUUGGAACCAGAAGCUAACCAGAUCCGAGCAUCAAUUUUAGAUAUGGCUCACUGCAUACGGACCUUCACUGAGGAAAUCUCAGAUUAUUCCAGAAAAUUAGUUGGGAUUGUUCAGCACAUUGAAGGAGGAGAACAAAUAGUGGAAGAUGGAAUUGGAAUGGCCCACACAGAGCAUGUACCAGGUACUGCAGAGAAUGCCCGGUCAUGUGUCCGAGCUUAUUUUUCUGAUCUGCAUGAAACUCUGUGUCGCCAAGAAGAAAUGGCCCUAAGUGUUGUGGAUGCUCAUGUUCGAGAAAAACUGAUUUGGCUCAGGCAGCAACAAGAAGAUAUGACUAUUUUGUUGUCCCAGGUUUCAACAGCCUGUCUCCAUUGUGAAAAGACUUUGCAACAGGAUGAUUGUAGAGUUGUCUUGGCAAAACAAGAAAUUACAAGGUUACUGGAAACAUUGCAAAAACAGCAGCAGCAGUUUACAGAGGUUGCAGAUCACAUUCAAUUGGAUGCCAGCAUCCCUGUCACUUUUACAAAGGACAAUAGAGUUCACAUUGGACCAAAAAUGGAAAUUCGAGUUGUUACGUUAGGAUUAGAUGGUGCUGGGAAAACUACUAUUUUGUUUAAGUUAAAACAGGAUGAGUUCAUGCAGCCUAUUCCAACAAUUGGUUUUAAUGUGGAAACUGUAGAAUAUAAAAAUCUUAAGUUCACUAUUUGGGAUGUAGGUGGAAAACACAAAUUAAGACCAUUGUGGAAACAUUAUUACCUCAAUACCCAAGCUGUUGUAUUUGUUGUUGAUAGCAGUCACAGAGACAGAGUUAGCGAAGCACACAGUGAACUUGCAAAGUUGUUAACAGAAAAAGAACUCCGAGAUGCUUUGCUCCUGAUUUUUGCUAACAAACAGGAUGUUGCUGGAGCUCUGUCAGUAGAAGAAAUCACUGAACUUCUCAGUCUCCAUAAGCUGUGCUGUGGUCGUAGCUGGUAUAUUCAGGGCUGUGAUGCUCGAAGUGGUAUGGGACUGUACGAAGGGUUGGACUGGCUCUCACGGCAACUCGUGGCUGCUGGAGUACUGGAUGUUGCUUGAUUUUAAAUGCAGCAAUUGUCUAAAGUUUUGUGGUUAAAAGUUAUUUUGCACAUAUGUUGUAAGAAAUUCUACAUCUCAAAGAUAGUUUAAUUUAGGAUGUGUACAUAGAAGGAGUCUUGGAUUGGUAAUUCAGUACAAUACUGCUUUUAAAAAAAUUAUCCUGUAGCGAAAUUUAAGUAUCUGAGCAGAUUAGAUUGGAUUAAAUAGGGAUUUCUUGAGUAUAAAUUUUUUUAAAUGUACAUUUGCUAUUUAAGUUUUUGAGAUUAUAUGUGAUCCACUUAUUGGGAAACAAGUAGUCACAGAGAAAGGGUACGUGAAGGUUUAUUCUCAGUGAAAAACGAGUAGCCAGCGAAUGCCUAAUGGACGCAGGUGAAGCGCAGCUGCUGCGUUAACUUGCCUUCUCACUGAAUGGUGGCAGUUCUUAGUAGAAAACACGGCAGUGACUUAAGGAAAUAGAAUCCAAACUGCAUCUUUGGGUAAUAGGAUUAGUUUACUUUUAUUUUCAGUAUAACAGAACACCUUUUAUGCUAAGAACUAUAAACUAUAGAAAAUUAAUAUUUUAUACAUUGUUUUAUUAAAACUUUCUCCUCAAGCAUUUUGUAUAAAACCCAGUGAGUCAAAAUGAAAUGUUAACUAGGCCUGAUUGUCAGAUUAGUACUAAACUGAAGAACAAUUAAUAAUGAAACUGUGAAAGUCGGUUAUGUUCUAGUUGAUCUUCACUUACGAAAGACCCAUUUGCAGGGCUGAACCUGGAUGUAUUAUUUGUUAGGUCAGAGCUCUGAGUUGGUCCUUCUGUUUUUCAACAUAUUUAAAGUACUUAGUAGUGUUUCUUUUAAAAAUAAUAUCGCAUCCUUAGUGGGAAUGACCAUAGGUAAAAUGUAGUAAGUUACACAUAGAACCACAGUUGGCUUUUCAGUAAAGAUAGAGAUUUAGGUAGAAAACUACCUUUACCUUAAGAGAAAUCAUUUAAACAGUGAGAAUGCUUAUUACAUCAAUUACUUUAAAAUGAUUUCCCAAAAUAAGUGCAUUUAUCUUGACAAUAAAACGUGAACAAGGCUCUCUGUGACAAGGCCUUGAAAAGUUGAGAGUAAGAAUGUGUCUGAGGAAGAAACGUUCAAAAAGUUUACAUCACGUUUAUUAUGCAGUGUUGUAAAAGUUUAAAGAUUUUGUGCUCUUUACUGUUUUUCAUUUUUUAAGGACACUCUGUUAUGGCAGUACGAUUUAUUGUAUUUAAAUAUAGCUAGAUUGAAUUUUGGUGUUUUUUUUAAUGCUCUUUAUACUUUAGGAUGAAGUUCAAUCCUAAACUUUACUAGUUGAACUUCUAUGAGAACACUGAUGUCUGAUGAUAAGAUGUGACUUUUAGGUGGCACUGUUUUGGUUCAGUCUCUUCAAAUGUACUUUUGUUAAAAACAACAAAAGUUUUAGAAAACAAAGCAUUAAAAAAAAAGCCCAUCAGUGUUAUGGGCAAUGUGUAAAUAAGUAAAUAUAAUAUUUCGUCCUUUAUUUUUCAAGUAAAAGUUCAUGCUGUUACAAGUGUAGUUUGUGGGUAUAAUACUUCUGAAUUAAAUUAUUUAAUAUUUGAUUGCAAUAACUGUGAAAAAUAAAAAGGUGUUACAUUUGCCUGUGAGCCCUUGAGCUGUUUUCUCUACUAGGUAUAGAAAAGAAAAAGUCUAACACUAACAUGUAAACUUAAUUUCUUUGUAAAUUAUCAAGUUUAUUUGACCAACUUUGCUAACCUUUGUAAUUCCCAUUCUCAGCAUAUUACUAAACACAAUUUAAAAAUUGUGCUUAGAUUUGAUUAUAAUGUAUUUAAUAGUAGUGUUUGUGAUUUUUUUUUAAGAAAUAUUUUUCUGAGGCUCUUAUUACUAUUUGUGGUUGUAUUCCUUCACUAAUUAUUAGUCAAGACUGUGCUAGUUCCCUCUGGGAAAUAUCAGUUUUAAGAAUGAGAGAUAUUUUAAAUACACUCUAUUAGGAUUUGCCCCUUAGCUCUGAAUUUCUGUAUUAAGCCUAAAUAUUAUUGUAUGGUUUAUGUAAAGCAGGUUUUUCAAGUGUAUAGCCCUGGUCUGUAAUUCCGGAAUGCUUUACAAUCACCAGAAGCCAUUAUUUGCAUUACAUAUAUGAUCACUAUAGACAGCAAUAAAAUGUUAAAAUCAUGUUAAA